AUGUGUGCUGUAGCCGGUGUCAAGCGCAAGGCGGCGCCAGAAGACACGGCAGAUGCUGUCAAAAGAACAAAAAUCGACGACAUUCACGAAACUUUAGACGCAGCCAGUGACCAGGACGACAACGACCAAGAUCAGAACGACACGUCCUCAAUCGCAUCGCCUGCCGCCACAUCACGUACCUCGACCCAACCCUCAACGCCCAAGUCCAUCAGAGCCCAACCCAGACCUCGCCAGAACAAGUACGCCUGCGAUUUCGAAGGCUGCACCAAGUCCUACUCCCGUCCUGUCCGCCUCCAAGAACACAAACGCUCUCAUACAAAUGAUCGACCCUUUGCUUGCCCUCAACAAGGCUGCGACAAGACCUUCCUUCGUGAGAGCCACCUGAAGCACCACAUUAAAGCCAAACACGAUGACGUCCGGGAUUAUGUCUGCGACUGGCCCGACUGCGACAAAGGUUUUCAUACAGCUCAGCGCUUGAAACAGCACAAGAAGACUCACGAGAAUACAAAGCCCGACUUUCUCUGCACCGGAUUUCCUCCUUGUAACCAGAACUUCCGCAAACAGGAAACCCUUGACAGACACAUCCAACUUGUCCAUUUGCACGAGAAGCCUUUCGUCUGCGACCAAAUCGAUCGCUUCACCGGCCUAGCAUGCGAUGCCCGCUUCAAGACGUCAACCCACCUGAUCGCUCACAAGGACCGUGAGCACAGCGGCAAUCGCUUCUGGUGUAAAAUCUGCUCGCCCGAAAUGGCCGACAUCGACCCAGGUCUGAUCCAACACGCCCUUGUCAAUGCUGUUGGUUUCCCUACAUAUAUCGAGAUGCAACAGCACAUCAAGACCAUCCAUCCACCCACCUGCUUGCAGUGUGGUCAUGUCUGCGUCUCAAACCGCGACCUCAAGGCACAUCUGGAGAUUCAGCAUGGCGAUAUCGAAGAUCGACGCAACUACGUCUGCGAGUAUCCUGAUUGCGGUCGUGGCUUCACCAAGAAGGGUAACCUCGUUGUUCAUCAGAGAAGUGUUCAUGCGAAGCAGAAGCAGUUCAUCUGUGGGGAGACAGACAUUACUGGUUCGAAGCGCGUUCCCGCCUGGGACGGUCGUGGUGCUUGCGGUCGUGCUUUUAGUGCAAAGGCGAACCUCGAAGAGCACGUCCGCACCCAACACCUGCAUCUUCCAGGAUACAUCCGUCCAGGAAAGAAAGCCAAGCAAGAGGAGGACGAAUCGUUCAACGGUUUCCCACCCGAAGAACACAACACAGUGCUGGCUAGACUCACCGGAAUCGGCUACGAACAUGGAAGAGACAUUACCUGCAUCGACGAGACGUGUCCGCACCGUUUCGUCAAACCAUUCGAUCUAGAGGUCCAUCUUGAGAUUGUUCACGGAUACACCAAGACUGAAGCUAUCGAGGCCACGGUCGAGCGCGAAGCUCUAUCUGGUGGUCAGUUCUGGCUUGGUGGAGUUCAGCCUGAUUUCGAAGAGCAGCGGCUGGCGCAGCAAUUGGACCUAGCCCUACAUCCACAGGGCGACCUAAUGAACCAAUUUUGA